GUAUUUCUACAAUCCAGUGAUCUCCACCUCCUGUGUCCACUGACAGGUGCCAUCAACCCCAAUUAUUAUCAACAAAAAUUGAACUAGAAAUGUCACGACCAGGAACGAGACUUGAUUCUAAAAAAGUGAACUCAGAAUUAUUCACAUUAACUUAUGGAGCCCUGGUGGCCCAACUCCUGAAGGACUACGAGAACGUCGACGAUGUCAACAAACAGCUGGAGAGAAUGGGCUACAACAUGGGGAUUCGUCUCAUCGAAGACUUCCUGGCGAGGACAGGGUCAGGACGUUGUUAUGACUUUCGUGACACUGCUGAGAAGAUUCAGUCCGGCUUCAAGAUAUUCCUGGGGAUAACUCCGACCAUCACGAACUGGAGUGCAGCUGGCGAUGAAUUCUCCCUCUGCUUCGAGUCGAAUCCCCUGACGGAGUUCGUUGAACUACCUGACAAUUGUCUGAAUCUCAAAUACUGUAAUAUUCUUACUGGAGUGCUGAGGGGCGCCUGUGAGAUGGUGCAGAUGGAGGUCUCCUCAUGGUUCGUCCAGGACCAGCUGAAGAACGACAGUAUAACUGAGCUCAGGGUCAAGUUCAUCAAGAGGCUGGAGGACGCCAUCCCAGCUGGAGAGGAUUAAAUGAAAUGAGGAUUAUGAAUUUAAUUCAUAAUUUCAAUAAUUUCGUUGUGGUAUUUAUCGAAGGCAGGGGGUGAGGGGUAAAAUGAGAAAAAUUAAUUGCACUUUGAGGUAAUUUUCUGGGAGAGACGAAACGUGAAUUGAACGUUCAAAAAAUUGCUCUAGGAUCGUUUGUAUGUCUCGGAAAACCUUGGGGAAUUCGCUAGAUAAUUUUAUUGGAUUUCUGUUGAACGUUCUAGUAGCUUUUAGCUGAUUCUGUUGAAAAACUCCACAGCUUAUUCUAUAGAAAAAAUAAGUAGAAUCUUAUUUUUCUGUACAAAUAAUUCUAUUGAUAUAUUUUCUAUUAAAAAUCCUUCACUGCGAUUUUCCAAGUUUUUUAAUUUGAUUUUCUUUCAA